UGGAAAUAUAAGGUGAAGUACUCCCGUGAAUGGGCAGUAGGAAAGUGCAUAUUUGGGCAUAUUUGAUUGGCUAUUCCAAUAUAACCAGCGCUAUUAUACGUAGCAAAGUGCACAUCGGAUAUAUUUGAUUCGCUAUUUCCACUACUGCUACCGUCAUUAUGCGUAAUGUUUCACUUUAUAUAUUUUCAUAGGUAUGUUCGAAAUCGUUGAAGCCAAAUCUAUUAGCAAGUUGCCAGCAUCAUAAGCAAUUAGUAAUCACAAAUUUGUGCGAUUUUGCUGAGACACGCUUUACUACUCUGGAUCUCUAUUAAAUUAUUUCUAUUUCAUUAAAAUAAUUAAUAACUUCGAAUAUUUCCCGACGAUUAUCCGUAUCAUACAUUUCAUCAUUUUAUCAUAUCUUAUUGCGAGUAAACAGAGAUCGUUAGGAAAGUUUCGAUGAAUCAUAGGUACUACGCCACGCUGCUCCACACCACGCAAGUCGCUCAGUGAACGCAUUGUUUUUUCUAUUUCCAGUUUGUGUUUAACAAUAAAAAAUGGUGAAAAAUUGUUGUAUUAAUGGAUGUAGCGCAUCAUGGCGACCAGAUGUUGAUGUAUCAUUUGUCAGUUUCCCGAUGAAAAAUAUAGAUUUGUUAAAGAUAUGGUUGGAAGUUAUACCAAGAGGUAAUAACAUUUCAAAAUAUGCUCACAUAUGCAGCGCACAUUUUGACGAAUCACAAUACGAAUGUCUUUCUGGUAGACGGUUCUUAAAAAAGAAUGCAGUUCCUACUAUAUUUCCAAAGGAUAUAGCCCAAUUUAAAGAAAUAGUUGAAGAAGUGGAAAAAUUAUAUCCAAAAUAUCAAAAUGUCGUGUUAGAAAGUAUAAAUAACAAUAAUUUUCAUGAUCAUUCUUAUUCGAAAAUGCAAGAGACAUUUCUUGUGUCGUCAGGAUUAAAUGAAACAGACAAAGCAAUACAGGUCACUCCUCGAACUCAGAGCGUAAGUACGCAAACAUCAUCAAGAACAACUGAAAAAGAAAAAGAAUUACGAUAUCGAAUUAAGAGUCUUCAAUCCAAACUGCGUCGCAAAGAACGGAAGGAACUGAAGAAUAUGAGGAUACCGAUUAAAUAUUCGCCGAUUAUGAACGAAAUAGCGACAGAACUGAGGACAGUGAUAAAAUCCAUCAACAAAUCAUCGGCUUAUGUUCAUCAACUAAAUGAAAUGCUUAUCAAGUAUCGCGAAAGAGAAUCAAAGAAUACCUCAACGUCAAGAGCAACUUUAUCUUAAACACUUUAGGAAUUAGAAUUUCUAAAUGCAAAAGAUUACCUGGAACGUCGGAGAUACGUAAAAGUCCUGAUCAAUAGGAAAUGGCAUUCUAUAGUUGAUAUUAUGUAUAAGUUUGUGACGUUUAGUUCUAAUUGCACGCAUAGGAUAAUACAUGUAUAAUCUCUCUGACAGAAGACAGCAUAUACAUAUUGCAUUUAAUAAACAUACAUAUUAUAUAUACCUUCGAGAAGUAA